AAUUCGUGCCUGGUUGCAUCGUCAAUUUUCUGCAGCGUUUCAGUUGUGCUGCGCCAGUCCAGCAGAUUAGUGCUCUCAUUCCUGUAAUUCAGCAUUUUGCUUUCAUCAAAACCCUAUGUCAGUCCCACUGGAUAAGAUGGAUCCAUCUCCACCGUACGUUCCACCAACACGUGUCGUGUCGGCUACGACUGGUCCCGAACCGGCACAGGUUGUGUGCCCAUCGUGUCACGCCGAGAUCGUUACCCAAACCGAGCAAGAGGCAAACACCAAAACGCACAUCUACGCGCUGUUGCUGUGUUUGGCCUUGUGCUGGCCGUGCGUGUGCCUGCCGUACUGCUGUACCUCAUGCCGGGACACUGUACACCGUUGCCCUCGCUGCAAAUCGUUCAUCGGUGUGUAUCGGCGCUAAAGUUUCGGCGGUCGUCGGAAGUUUUCUAACAUUGGUGCCAUUAAGUGCGAUUAACAACCAGAACAAACACCUGCAGAAGCCGGUGCAUCAACGCUAGAAGAGCUUUUUAGACAGCGUUUUAAUCUUUAAUUCAUGUAAUAUGCAGCGGUUUUAUAACAUAACGUUAAAAAGAAGAGAAAUGUGUUUCAUUAACUGACAAAAUAUAAUAAAUAGUUCUUCACUUCAACACGGUAAA